CUCUGAUAUUUCCUGUCAAGUCUUUCCCGCAAGAGGUCACACCACGUGCGCUGCCAAUUUGGAAAUUUUUUUGGAGAAGUUGUCCUCGCAAAUCUGUGAUCGCAAAUCCCUCAGUUGCUGUUUAUUCCUCAAGAUGGGUAAGAAGCAGAAAAUGAAGAAGGCUGCCCAGAUGGCGACCGCUGCCGAGAAAUUGAAGACCGCUGCCGAGAAAUCGAAGACCGCUGCCGACAACGUGGUGGCCAAAGAAAAGCCUGCCGAAGAAGCCUCUCCCUCACCAAGUGGCAGUGGAAAAAAAGGGAAGCCCAAGGCAACGCAAAAACCAAACGUCGCAAAGGCACUUCAGAAGGAGAUCUCCAGUUCGGAAGACGCCUUGGAUGUCAAGAAUAAACCUCCGGCAGGCUUUAGUGGCGCAAAGGGGAAGCCCCACAUCAUGGGUCAAAUGGACCCGGCCUACCGCAACAAGAUCAAGAAGCUGAUGAGCCUGGCCAAACAGCUGCCGCCCAAUGUGUUCAGUCUGCCGAACUCGCAGAAGGAGGAGGGCGCCUCCGCCGCGAAAUCCUGCGUAGUUGAGGAUGAUCAGAGCACGGACUCCGAUGACGCCCCGGAUCUCGUGGAAGCGGAUCCCAAGGAGACCCAACCGGACGAGCAGGGUCAACUCGGUACGGUGGCCGUGCGAACACGUGAGGUAUCAAAGCAGUCUCGCGGCGAGCGGAAGGCACGCCGGAUCCUCAUGAAGCUGGACCUGAAGCCCAUGGAGAACGUGGCCCGAGUGACCAUGAAGAAGGGCAAGAACAUCCUCUUGUACAUCGAUCAGCCGGACGUCUACAGAGUGGCGCACUCGUCGACGUACAUCUUCUUUGGGGAGAUCUGCGUGGAGGACACUAGCACCACGUCCGUCGCCUCCCAGGCAGCUGUCAAGGCGGCCGAGCGAUUCCGUGGAACCUCGCCUGCCGGGCGGCAAGGUAACGAGGAUGGAAAAGCCCCUGGCGAGGAGUCCCCACACGACGACGACGACGACGAGAACGAUGGCGAGGACGCGGAUGCCAUGGGCCUACAUGCGAAGGACAUCGAACUGGUACAGAUGCAGGCCGCGUGCUCGCGCAAAAAGGCGAUCCAGGCGCUGCUGAAGAACGACAACGAUGUGGUCAAUGCCAUCAUGGCCCUGACUGUGGGUUAAGUCGCUCUGAGUGGCUCCUUUGUAUUCAAAGUCAUGAAAUAAAGAGAAUUUCAAUAACAUCCAUGUUCGCCAUAGAAAUUAAUGACAAUCCUUUCGGACUUCACUUCUCCUGGUGGAUGGCUUGUUCUACAAGAAUGACAAUCUCCGGUGCCAAUGUAGCUCGUACUAUAUUAAAUGCCGAUCAUUUCCUG